AUGCGUCGUGCGAUGAUCGCUGUGAUUGCUGCUUGGUGUUGGGUGAUCACGCUGAUCCCAACCGUCUGCACCAGCAUCGAGGUGCGAGAGAGCUACGGCGAGGUGCUGAACACAUUCAGCUGGGAUGUGCAGCCGAACGAUCCAGAUGUGCAAGAAGCGGCACAACAUGCGCUCCAACAUAUCUGGUUCCACACAAAUCGACAGUGCCAUAACCCAAACGCCUCUGCCUCCGCGCCGCCGGUGGCACAGCAGCAUCUUCUCCAGUCAGCCGUGCUUCUGUUCCCGUCCAAACACAUUCUGUACCAGACUAAGGACGGUCAGCACCCAUAUGUGAUCCGGUUCAUGGAUCACGCGCACCGUGUGCAGCGACGCACCGUCAUUCUGGGAAUCACGUACUACUUUACACUGAUGUGGGAAGGCGGAUGUGCAUCGCAUUGGGCACAGCACACCCCCGAUGCAUACCACCACCACUUUGUUGUCACAAAAGACAGAGACAAGACGUUGUCGGUCAUUAGCCAUCACGUGACACACGUGCCGGACACAGAGACGACUGCCAUCUUGAUGGCCCACACUCAGCUCCACCCAGAUGACCGCGCUGUGUUCACCGAACACAAUACAUGGCAGAAGCUUCGGAUGCUGGAUGACGGCGCCAGUGAAGAAGAGCCUUUGCCCGUGGAAAUGCAGGCGUUGCUGCGCUUUGAGCGGGGAGUCGUCGGACGACCGCAUGCAUCCACGCUGCGCCGCCCGCUUCGCAUUGCAUCGUACAACAUCUGGAACAUCAACGAGUUUGACGACGGGACGUAUGAAGAGCGGCUCAACCGCCUUGCUGCCCACGUCCGCACAGAAGACCCCGAUGUCAUCGCCUUCCAAGAGGUUCGUCACGAUGCGCUUCGCGACAGUCAGCCCGCGAGCUUGGCGGCACUUCUGCCCACUUACCACUACGUGUAUCAGCCAGCCAUGACAUAUGCAGAGCAGGUCUUUGGGAGGGUUGAGGAAGGUGUUGCUGUGUUUUCGAAAUAUCCAAUUGUGGGAAUCGACUAUCGCCUCCUUUACAGAAACAGGCGCAACCAUGCAGACGCGCAUCAACGCGUUGUUCUUCGUGUCAAUGUCGAUGCCCCUCACCUUGGCCCUGUCAGCAUCUUCGUCUCCCACUAUGCUCUGGAUGAAACUGCACGGCAGAGAGGUUGUGUGGAAACGUGGGAGUUUAUUAAGGAGGACAACUCUAGCACACAGCUGUUUUUGGGUGAUCUGAACGCAGAGCCAGACACGCCGUGUAUCAGGUUCUUGUCUGGGAAAGCGCCGCUGCUUGAAGCGACGACAGAUGGCGUGUAUGACGCGUGGCUGGAGCUCCACCCCGAACCGCGCCCUGGCAGCAACUGCGCAAAGUUCUCUGGCAACGCAUGGCGUACCGCUGAUAUACGCAAGGACGAAGAGAGGGAUGUUGGCCUCACCUUCAACACCUUUGGGGAGCAGCUUGUGAAACGCAUCGACUACGCAUUGAUGCGACACCCGCACAUGGACGUGACCGUGUGCUCAAUUGACGUGUUCCCCAGGGAGCGUGAAGAGCAUCCGGCUUCUGAUCAUCUUGGUUUAGUGCUUGAAUUGUGUACCAUCACACCAUCACUGUGCACAUGCGAUUACAAGUAA